GCAUCCGCUCCAUUUUGUGUUCAACUCUUUUUCACAACCAAUUUCUCGCGAUUCUUGCUGAAUAGAUCAAUGACAGCUUAACGCACUUUCAACAGACCUACAGAUCGUCUUCUACCCGGUUCAUGUGAUCUGCGCUAUGGCAAAAUAUGCGUCGAGUUGUCGUUACGGGCCUCGGCGCCGUCACACCCCUUGGCGUUGGUGUUCGACACGUGUGGAAUAGAUUGGUUACUGGCCAGUCCGGUAUUGUAAGCGUCGCCGGCUUGCAGUCGCAUCCGCGAUGGCCUCACCUUACGAGCACUGUCGCUGGCCUCGUUCCAAAAUCAGGUAGCCAGCAUGAUUGGCGACCAGAUGACUGGCCGUCCAUCGACCAGCGACGGAUGUCCGAGUUUACUCAGUAUGCGAUCGCUGCAGCGGAUAUGGCUCUCGAGGACGCUGCGUGGAAACCGCGCAAGCCGGUAGAAUUCGAGGAGACCGGGGUCUGCCUAGGCAGCGGGAUUGGAAAUUUAGCCCACAUCUACGAUACGAGCCUCUCAUACGAAGAAAAUGGAUCCAAAAGGCUGUCCCCGUACUUCGUGCCGAAGAUCCUCAUCAACCUAGCUGCGGGACAUAUUGCCAUGGCGUACGGUUUCCAAGGUCCCAACCACGCCGUGAGUACGGCUUGCACGACGGGAGCUCAUUCCAUCGGAGAUGCUUCUCGGUUUAUCGCUUUUGGAGAUGCCGACGUCAUGGUCGCCGGCGGCACCGAAUCAUGCAUUCACCCUCUGACAUUUGCGGGAUUCGGGAAGUCUCGCUCCUUAUCCACCGCUUUCAAUGACGAUCCGCCGUCCAGCUGUCGCCCUUUUGACCGUCGGCGUGACGGGUUCGUCGUCUCUGAAGGUGCUGCUGUCGUCAUUUUAGAAGAGCUAGAGCACGCCAAAGCCAGGGGCGCUCAUAUAUACGCCGAGUUAAAGGGGUACGGCACCAGUGGUGAUGCCCAUCACCCGACGGCCCCCCGCAAAGAUGGCCAUGGGCCGUAUCUCGCUAUGCGAAAGGCUCUGAAGAAUGCUGGCAUAAAGCCCCGCCAAGUUGAUUAUAUCAACGCUCAUGCGACCGGCACACUUAUUGGAGAUGCUGCAGAGGCACACGCGAUUCGUUUACUAAUGGUGGGAGAAGAGGGUUACGCGAGCGAAGAACAUGUUGCCUUGAGUAGCACCAAGGGGUCGACCGGACAUCUUCUUGGCGCUGCCGGAGCCAUUGAAGCCGUGUUUUCAAUAUUGGCGAUCACAACGAACACGCUUCCCCCGACGCUGAACCUCCAAGAACCUGAUAUAGUGCCCCGGUUUAAUCUCGUACCUCUCGAGGCCCAGAAAAAAAAAGUCAAUAUAACGCUGUCGAACAGCUUUGGGUUCGGGGGCACCAACGCCACAUUAGUGUUCGCUCGCCUUAAUCAAUAGCCCUAAAAGACAACCUUACGCAAAUACUUCGGCUUUCACACACCUCCAUGUAGCAUUCAUUGCAUUAUAUUCUACGCGUUCAGUAAGGGAACGAGCAUCAUCCAAUAUUGGACAGCGGCUGCGUGAAAAGCGAAUCGGCUUUGUCCCUAGAUUGCCUGGUAUGCGUCUAUAUAGAUAUAUGCAACUAUGGAAGUGCUAGUAGCUAAGGAGAGCUAUAUAUAUAGCCGAUUUAGCUGGCUGGACCUGGACCGUAAUUGUAGGUGCGCCGAUCAUGCUAGAGCCAACCGACGUGUUUGUGUUGUCUCUUACCUCAUGAGGUGACAUCACAUAGGAAAGGGUACGAGGGUACGAGGUACUUACCAGGUUGCUUAUAUGUACAGUAGUACCAAUCAAAGGUGGGGGUCUAACCCCUGCUACAGAUCUCCGGUAUUAAGCCAGGGUCUCGUCCUAGCCCUUUUUUUUUACCACUCCUAA